AACCCACAAGCGUAGACGUAAUGGUUUCACGUCGCAGUACCGCACGAGCCGUCCGUUCGACUCGAAAAAGCACCGGACGAACGAGUAGACAAAGUGAUACCAAUGUGAACGUUGCUCGUUCCACCAAAACGGUCCAAAAAUGGGUUCAGAUUCGAAAACCUCCCGCCAAGGGGGUGGGUUUUGAAGUUCUAACGUGGGUUCCACUUAACAAACUGACAGCUGCACAACAUCAAAAACCAUUUCCGCUUCCGACAGAGGAAACGAAUGCGGCUUCGGAUGAAGCACAGGGAGCUUCUGUUCCGCUCUCUGGAGCUGGCGAUUCCAUUGCACUUAAGGCUCCCAGCUCACCUGUGCACAGUGAUUUAAUUCUGGAUUUAAAGCAUGAAGCAACAAAGACGGAUAAUUUGGCAGACGGUGCUGUCACAGAGAACAGUCUAACAAACCCAGAGGUAGUGGAGAAUUACGAUAAACCGCCUGCCAAACGACAAAAAUUGGAUGCUGAUCCGGAGACCGUCGCUCAUGAGCAGUCCGCGACGGGGUUUUCCGAUCCUUCUGUUGAGAGCUCGCCUCCGUCUACCGCUCUUACCGCACAGCCAACACUCAUUACAAAUCAUAACAGCGCUGAAAACACCAAGAUGAGUAGCGACUCACUGUCAACCAGCCCCACAGUAGCAUUGCCAGAAUAGUUUCUCUUUUCCACCGAGCGUUUUAUAUUUUCCUCCAUGGAUGCAAAUUUGAUACGUCGUAUUAGUACUGAUUCAGUCGAAAAAGGCGGGGUGCCGAUCUUGGGAACGCUUAGGCUCAGCUCUGGAAUGCUCUUCGUGGCUUUG